GAUCCAGGGCAGCAGUGUGAGCGAGCCUUCAGCGGUGAAGUGUGUCAAUCGGUGAUGCUGUGGCUGGAAUUUCAGGAAUAUAUUUAAUUUUUUCCUGACAGGACGGGUUGAGACAUUCUUUCUAUAAGGAAAUUGUGCUUAAGUGGUCAGGAACCAGCACUACUCUAAAUUCCCUUUGGAUGCCCCACCAUGAAGAUGGGGUAAUUUGCUUGGUCCCGGCUUCCUUUAUGUAAACCAAGUCCGAUGUCUGAGGACUCGACCUCCAAACUUUACCUGUUCUCCUCCCUGGAGAGGCAGGAUGAGGCGGCUGGUUGCAGUUCCAUGGCGACACUGCAUCGCAUGGGCAGUUUUGCAGAGGGGGCCGAGCUUGGCCUGGCAUCAGAGGGCAGCGACAGCAGCCAGUACCCACUGGCCUCACCGCACAGCAACCGGAAGAUGGCACAUUCCCUGCACGAGGAUAUUGAGAUGAAGAGUAGUGGAUCCAGUGGGAGUGGAACAGAAUCACAUGGUAACGAGUCGCAUGGUAAUGAUUCCCAUGGAAACGAGUCCCACGGUAAUGAGUCAUCUGGAAGUUCCAAUGGCCGAAGCAAGGACUCAGCACUUUUAGAGUCAUCGGGGAGUAACAAAAGCUCAAACUCUCACAGUCCAUCACCACCGAGCAGCUCAAAUGCAUUCAGCCUCCUGAGUGCCAGCUCUGAGCAAGACAACCCGUCUACCAGCGGCUGCAGUAGUGAAGAAUCUGCAAAGGCGAAGACUCAGAAAGAGCUUAUCAAAACUCUGAAGGAACUGAAGCUCCAUUUGCCACCAGAGAAACGGAACAAGGGCAGUAAAUCCACCACGCUCAACACCCUGAAAUAUGCCCUGCGCUGUGUCAGACAGGUGGAGGUAGGUGGCAGCACGCCUCAACAAACCUCACAAGCAUCAGCCACAGUACAGGGCGAAGUACAGCAGAAAACAGGAAUCUUGAGAUCAAGUGAAGAAUACUAUCAGCUGCUUAUGAUUAAUGACAGUCAGCCAUCAGGGCUUGAUGUUUCAUCGUAUACCAUAGAGGAAAUAGACAGCAUCACCUCUGAAUACACCCUCAAAAACACAGAUAUCUUUGCCGUGGCCGUGUCACUCAUCACUGGGAAGAUCGUCUACAUUUCAGACCAGGCAGCAUCCAUCUUGAAUUGCAAACGGGAUGUGUUCAAGAAUGCUAAGUUCGUGGAGUUUCUCACACCACAGGAUGUUAGUGUGUUCUACAGCUUCACCACACCAUACAGACUGCCAUCCUGGAGCAUGUGCACUGGAGCAGAGUCAUCGCCAUCAGACUGCAUGCAGGAGAAAUCUUUCUUCUGUCGCAUUAGUGGCAGUAAAGAGUGCGAUGGAGAUCUUCAGUACUAUCCCUUCAGAAUGACUCCAUAUCUGAUGAAAGUUCAGGACACAGUGCAUUCUGAAGAUCAAUUCUGCUGCCUCCUGCUGGCUGAGAGAGUACACUCUGGCUAUGAAGCUCCCAGAAUCCCUACGGACAAACGGAUCUUCACCACAACACACUCUCCCAGUUGCGUGUUUCAAGAUGUGGAUGAGAGGGCUGUACCGUUGCUAGGAUACUUGCCACAGGACCUGAUUGGCACACCUGUCCUAUUGCACCUGCACCCCAGUGAUCGACCAGUCAUGCUCGGCAUCCACAGGAAGAUCUUGCAGUAUGCUGGCCAGCCGUUUGACCACUCCAUCCGCUUCUGUGCACGUAACGGAGAGUACAUCACUAUAGACACCAGCUGGUCCAGCUUUGUCAGUCCAUGGAGCCACAAGGUUUCCUUCAUCAUCGGCAGACACAAAGUUCGCAUGGGUCCAGUGAAUGAAGAUGUGUUUGCAGCUCCGGCUGCAGCUGAGGGCAAAUCCUUAGACUCAGACAUCCAGGAAAUUACUGAGCAAAUACACAGACUCCUGCUGCAGCCGGUGCACAACAACGCUUUGAGUGGCUAUGGAAGCCUUGGCAGUAAUGAUCAUCUACUGAGUGUAGCAUCGUCCAGUGAGAGUAAUGGUAAAGGAACACGGCAACCAUGUGAAGACGACAUUAGCCAAACCAAACCGAGGAGCUUUCAGGAGAUCUGCAAAGGGGUGCACAUGCUGAAGAACCAGGAGCAGCAGUUGAAGAAAAGCCCAACAAAGUUUCUCCAGAAAGGUCCCGUGGUUAGGGCCAAAGACCCAGCGUAUCCUGUGAAUUCGAGAGAGUCAUCUGAAGACCAGCGAGCAGCUGUUCCAGAUGAGCUGGCCUUUAAAGAUCAGACCAUCUACUCCUAUCAGCAAAUUAGUUGCCUGGACAGCGUAAUCAGGUAUUUGGAGAGCUGUAACGUGCCCAUCACAGUGAAGAGAAAGUGCCAAUCCUCCUCAAACACAACAUCCUCUAACUCAGAUGAGGACAAACAGAGAGGUGUAGAGAACUCCAUGCCGGUGUCUGAAGAGUCUGGUCAUCUGAAGGACCAACCAGGUCUCUCAUCAUUAGAUGUGUCCAAGAAGCCGCAAUGCUCUGGUAUAGUGAGCCCGUCUCUAGCACCACUUCCGCUACCCAGUAAACCUGAAAGUGUGUUGUCCAUUACCAGCCAGUGCAGCUACAGCAGCACCAUUGUACAUGUGGGAGACAAGAAAGUCGUAUCAACAAGACACACCUCUACAAAGCAAGAAUUCUCUUCCAAACUUCACUUGCAAAAAAUCAUUGAAGACGUUCCCAGUGCUGAAGGAACUGAAGGUCAGGGUCUUGUCGUCCCCCUGGCUGCUGUCUCACCCCAAUGUCAGGAGAGAGAGACUUACAAGAAACUGGGCCUUACAAAGCAGGUUCUGGCAGCACACACGCAGAAAGAGGAGCAGGCAUUCCUCAGUCGUUUCAGAGAGCUGCGAGGUGUGCACGCUUUUAAAGCAGACUGCUCGCUCUAUCUGGAGAAACAGAAAGGACGGUUCGUAUCUCAGGCUGUGCCUGCUGCUCGCUCAUGCAAGCAGCAUGGUGCUACACCAGAGGCAACCGGAACUCGCCGAGGUCGCAACAAAAAGACCAAAUCCAAACGCAUCAAGCCGAACGAGUCCUCCGAUAGCACACCGUCUAGUCGCAGACCAACACCCAGACCUCAGGUGCAGGGCCUCAACCAGACCUCCUGGUCUGCUUCAGACAUAUCCCAGUCCACGUACCCCAUCGCCUAUCCGGCCGUGAUGCCCGCAUACCCUCUCCAAGUGUACCCGGAGGCUGGUACCAUACCACCCAGGAUGGAUGCUUCUAUGUCGAGCUUUGGAAACAAUCAGUGUAAUCAGGAUCCAUGUAUACCAAUGCAGCCCAUCCAGACGCCAUACACUGCCCCUUUGGUGACGCCCAUGGUGGCCCUGUUACUGCCGAACUACAUGUUCCCUCAAAUAGGUAGCGCUCCAGCGCAGCCUUUCUACCCAAAGCAGGGGAGUUUCCCCGCCCAGCCCUCUUUUCAACCGCAGCCUGGUUUCCCCACUCAGACGCAGUGCCCACCGCAGUCCACUUUUACGAUAGAGAACAAAUUCACCCCCCAAAAUCCUUUCAACCCACAACCUCCAUUCAAACCCCAGCCAUUUACAUUCACGUGCCCGGACGAGCCCCCAAAACCACCCACCCCUGAGCCGCAGUCACGGAGCCCCACCCCUCAGUCCAUGGGUGGAGGGGGCCCGCCCUCCUCUCCUUUGUUCCAUUCGCGAUGCAGCUCGCCAUUGCAGCUCAACCUCCUGCAGUUAGAAGAGACCCAGCGCUCCGCUGAGAGACAGGAGAGCACAGCGCCUUCUGUUGUGCUGCAGGGGAACAGCAGUAAUACUGUGGAAAAAGCAGGGAGUGCAGCUGGGCAGGCCAGAAUUGACAAGGAUGCGCCACAGGAUGAAGGAUCACCUGUUGAUGGUCAACAUAGUGACGAGUUCUCAUCAUCUAGUGACCUGCUGGACACCCUCCCAGAGGACUCACAGUCUGGCACCAGCUCUGCCACCUCAGGAUCCAUGGGCUCUGGCUCUAAUGGCUGUCGAACGUCUGCCAGUGGUGGAUCUGCUAGCGGAACCGGAAGCAGUCACACAAGCAACAACAGCAGUAACUAUUUCGGCAGUGUUGAUUCUUCACAGAAAUCUCAUAAGACCAAAGGGCAAGGCUGCGGAUCCGGCUCGGGGCCGCUGGCGUUGGAGGCGAGUAAGAGACAGAUCAAGUAUGGACUGCAGGAUCCACUGUGGCUUCUCAUGGCUAAUGUGGAUGAAGAUGUUAUGAUGUCAUACCAGCUGCCAUCUCGUGAUAUUCAGAAGGUUUUGAAGGAGGACUGGGAGAAGUUGAGGCAGAUGCAGAAAAGUCAGCCACACUUCACAGAAGAUCAGAAGAGAGAGCUGGCGGAGGUGCAUCACUGGUUAAGAAGAGGUGGGCUACCCAAAGCCAUCGACGUCAAGGCAUGCGUUGGCUGCGAGGAGGUCAGUGAAACACUGAUGGUGGAUGAUCCACCAGACCUGCACAUGGGAGAAACAGAAAGCAGUGAUGUCACCAUGCCCCCAGCCUAUAGCAAUGAAGACCCUACACACUCAGAAAUACAUGGCUGUCCUGGGCCUGUCACAUAACAAAACACUUAUUGCACCCAUGUGUGCACACCUCGUCUGACUGGACAAUGCAGACAUUUUAGCACAGAGAGUGUGUGUCUGCCACAGACUUUAACGAAGUGUGUUUGUUUCUGUGUGUAUAUGUACAGAUGUGUAAAUACACCAAUUGGAUGGAUGGAUGGAUGAAUGAAUCGAUGUUUGAAUGAAUGUGAAAGCAAGAGUAAAAUAUAUUUCAAGAUGGUUUAAUCUGUCUCAAAAGCCAGACUCUGUGCUGUUCAAUGACCAUAACUGUUCGUAAGGAAGGUUAAAAAGAUAGCUCACCCAUCUUUUGUGCAGUUUGUGUACCACAGAAAAAAGUCAUAUGGAACGAAUUUUCAUUUUGGGGGUGAGCUAUCCGCUCCUCUGCAGUUUUAUCCUAAAAAUGUUUCCGUUGACGUACAUGCAUUGCCGUCUGGAAUUGUCUGUGAAUAAGUUAUUUUCCUCUUUGCAUCUCUGUUUUUUCUACAAGAAAUGUUUUAGAUGUUUUUACACUUCUGAAUAGAUGUUUAAGCACUUCAAAAAAGUUAUUCUGGUGUUUGAUGGUUGUGUUGUAGGAUAGAUAUCUGAUAUCCUGUAAAUUCACAAUUCUACACUGAGAACUUAUAGUUUAUAAGCUGCAGUAUUAUUUAUUAAACUAGGACAGUUCAGAUAAAUAGCUUGGACCAAGAGAACGUAGUCAAAUAACUUUCCUUUUCCAAUGGCAGCUUAUUUAAUCAGACAGCGAGUGAAUCUAAAAGCUCAAAAAAGUGACAGCGUUAUGUGUAAAGUAUUUCAGUAGUUGGGCUUAGAAGUUUAGGUGCAGUUUUCUUGUUCGGACUGUCCCGUUUGUUUCAAAGGCAGCCUUUCUCCUCUUUAUUAAGCCCAAGACUGAAGCUAUCAAGACAGAGGUGUAAUAACCACCCUGACAAAAGUCUCAGUCCAGUCUAUGAUCUCUGAGACAGUUAAUGCAUAAACCUGUGAAGGCCUGUCCAACCACAAUUACUAAAGCACAGAAGCACCUUAUUAUAGAAAAAUGGGCGAAAUGAGAUUAAAUAUCAAAUUAUUUGGUCUCCAGUUAGAAAAUCAUUAAAUUACUAAUGUGCUUGAUUUGGUUUAAAAGCUUACUGUUGUGAAACAGGGUAUUUUUUGAUAAAUAUAUACAUAGCCCAUAUACAUUGUAAAUAGGUGCUUGCAUUGUCACUUUCGACAUCUUGAAUAUGUUGAAAAUGUAAUAUUCCUUUGUACUGUCCUAUAUAAAUUAUUUUGUUUGUUUAAAAACAUUUAUUUGGAAUAAAGUCUAUUUUAGAAAGA